AUGACGUCAGCGAAAGAAAUCAGUGACGUCAUUGAUAGCAUUCAAACGGAAGAAGGGAAGGUACUAAAAUCAGAAAGAAAAGAAUCAAAAGAUUUGUCUGAACUUCCUCCGAUUGGUGCUUCUUUACAUAAAAGGCGUAGGGGUGAACCCCCGGCCACGUUGUCUGUUAAAUCGCCUCAAACACCAUCUGAUGCAGAAGGUUCUUCCCCCUGUACUGCAGGACCCACACCUGACGAAUCUUGGAAUGUACAAGACGGUGAUACAACAGAUCCCGAAGCAUUAUGUGAAAGCAUGAUCCAAAGAUUAAAAAAUCAAGAUGACCCGAUAUCCAAACGUGGCAAAGAACUGGCAUCACGAACAAAAGAUACUAUAGAGACUUUAGACCAACUUGAUAAAUUACUUGAGUUAUUAGACCAAUUUGUAACUUUGAAAGAACAUAAUGCUCGUCUCCUAAGGCGAUUACGAGAUGUAAAUCAUUUGAAGCGUCUCCAUAAUGCACAUAAAAAGAUUGAUGAAGAAAAUGAAAGGUUAAAAGAUGAGGCUAAAGAGUUAGAGUUAAUAAAUGAAGCAUUGGAUGCCGAAUUUGAAUGUGAAUACGGCCAAGCAAUUUUCGAUGCUGUAGUGGUUGGGGGGCGAAGUAUGAAACGAUCAGGUUCUAGAUGGAAGUCUGGUUCUAGGUUUCGCGGUUCUUUAUUAAGAAAGCAGAGAUCAAGGUCAGCGGGUGGAGAAGAAAGUGACGUAUCCCCGGGAACCCCGUUAAGACGAAGAUCUGAUGGGAUUUUCUCGAAAGAAGUUGAGAAAUCUAAAGUGUCUAACUGGACCAGAGUCAAGGCGGCUUUCAAAUGGGAAAAAGCCCAAUGGCCGCCCGCGACUAUAGGUGGUACGGCGGCCGUGGCGGCAGGCGCCAUGGUGGGCGCUGUUGCAUUAGCAGGCUCGAGCCCGGGUUCACUUCCCAACCCUGAACACAGGGACUCCGCUAGUCUGACCCCGGGAAGUGUCAUAUCGUUGACCCCCAACUCAUCAUGUGAAGAAUUGAGGAUAGACCAAGAAUUACGUCGACGAAGUUGUAUACGUAGCGAGGAACAAGACAGUGCAUAUCUUCAAGCGCCAAUGCAGGAUGAUAGUUCCACAUCUCCAUCACCGAACAAACUGCACAAGAGUGCGUGGAUCAAAAUGCGUGAUAUAAUUCAAACUCGUCGUGAAUCUGUCAAGAAAAAGACCAGGCUUCCCAAGGGAUCUCCAGAUGUGGUGCCUUCUAGAAGACGGUCUUUUAGUGAUGGUGGAGAUAGUGAUGCGCCGCCUGCUCUUACAUUGACUAUACCAUCUUCUGAAGAACUUGAAUCCGAAGGCUCUCAUCCACUUCUUCGCAAGCAGCGGUCUUUGGAACUUGGGGCCAGGCCACCCCAAAACAGACCACCUCGAGACUCGAAAUGGACCAGAGUCAAACGUGCUUUUCUGACUUCAGCAUCAGCAUCUGUACCGUCCAGCCCUAAUAGACACUCGGCUUUCUUUACUGAUGGAGGUAAGUUAGAU